AUGGAAAUUAUUUUGAACGUAAGUAAAUGUGAAAUGUAUCGAAGUGAAACUUUCUGUUAAAUCUUGUCUCCAAUAGAAAUUAUUUUAUAUUAAAUAUUUUAAAAAUAUUAACUUUAAUAGAGAUUUAUAAUAGAAUUAUAAAGGAAAUUUGAAACAGUCGGAAAAUUGGUAAAAAUUAAUAUUUGAAAUUUAGCAAUUAAUCAUCGAUCGAACUAUGAUGUUUGUCGAAGUGAAAUUUUAGAAAAUUUGAAAAUAAUAUUUGCUGUAUGUAAAUAGAUUUUUUAAUAUAUGUUAGAAUAUAAUUGUAAGUAUUUAAACAUAUUUCACAUAAUAGUUAUACGUUCGAGGAAUGAAUUAUACGAACUUUUAUGUCUGAUUCCAUUCCUAGUAGAAUAGGCAGGUAAUGGUCAGACACUUCGGUCUAUUUACUCUAUACUUCUCUUCUCUUUAUAUAACUUUUAAAAAUUGUAAAAUAUAUUUUCUGCUUGAAUUUUUCAGAUAUUUACCGUACAAAGAAAUACCAAGAGCCCGAUAUUUCCAAGAUGUUGGCCUGGACAUUGAUUACAGCUUGAAAAGCUUAGAUAGAAGGCCACGAUCACCUAUAAGGCUUGUACUUCUUUUCUGUUACAUUUUUAACCUAACUAAUUCAAAAAAGACCAAUACUGUUCAAGCAUAA